UAUGCUAGUGGUAAUAAAAAGGUAAACAACGCGGGGCAAACGUCCUCGGGCCUGGGUCGAUGCUGGCACAAUAAUGUUUUUCCGCGGGGCCUCAGCAUCCGGCGCAAUCUCUACUCCAAGCUCAUCCUGGUGGCAAUUUUGGCCCUGUUUGUGCUAUUUUACUUUAAAAAUCUCAACGGCAAUGGCCAAUCACCGAACAGCAUCCCGAUCGCAAACGGGCUGGUCGGUGCACUCAACCGGGGGAACAUCCUGGUUGCAGUGGCUGGAACCGGUGGCCAGGAUGCCCUUCUCGAGCAGCUGGUGUUGGCCGACCUGGCCAAACAGGAACGUGGCCUCGGUGACAAUGGCAAGGGCGUCGAGUUGACCGGCGAAGCGCGCGAGAUCGGCGAGAAGCAACUGGCCACGAUCGCCCUCAACGAAGAGUUGAGCGAACACCUGAGCUACAACCGGACGCCACCGGACGAACGACAUCCGUCCUGCAAGCGGAAAUCGUACGACAUCGAGAAUCUGCCCUCGACCAGUGUCAUUAUCAUCUUCUACAACGAACCGUACUCGGUUCUGGUGCGGACAGUGCACAGUGUGUUGAAUACGGCCGAUGAGCGCCUCCUGAAGGAGAUUGUCCUCGUGGACGACGGCAGCACCAACGAGGAGCUGAAGGGGAAGCUGGAUUAUUACGUGCGGACUCGGUUGCUGUCGAAGGUGAAGGUCUUACGGCAGCGGAACAGGUUAGUGUGGGUCUGUCGGUGAGAAGGGGGUGGGCUGGAAGUGGGCACUGUGUUGUGUUAUGGUUAUUCAUUAGGGAGAGAAAGGGAACAGGGUGACUGCUUGGGAGAAUUAUGAGACGGUUCAAAAGAUUAAAUUCUGAAGUACAUACUUGAUCAAAAGUAACAAAAAAAAA